UUUCCACACUGUCAAUUGUCAAUUAUUCGAAAUUAUACGUAAACACGCAGAAAGUUUGCAAAAUGGAUAAAAGAAUGCCACGCCAACAAGAGCCAACUGUUUAUGAUUUAGCAUAUCGUGGAAAAACUGCAGCUGUUAAAAUUCUAUUAAAUGAGAAUCAAAAACUAAAAUCUGAAACCGAUGAGAAUAAACGAAUGCUGAUUCACUGGGCUGCAUUAGGAGGACAUGAAGAUCUUGUUACUUACUUGCUCUCCAAUGGAUUUCCUGUUGAUCCACAAGAUGAUAUGAGUAUGACACCUCUAAUUCUUGCAUCUUCCGGUGGUCGUAAAAAUGUCGUCAAAAUUUUGUUAAAAGAAGGUGCCAAUGUGAAUGCAAAAACAGAAGACGGACAUUCGUCAAUACAAUAUGCCGCUUCGAAAAAUUGGGUCGAAAUUUGUGAAACCCUCAUUAAAAACGGGGCAAAUAUCAAUAUCACUGAUAUCAGAGGAGCGACUCCUUUGCAUAGAGCUGCAUCCAAAGGAAAUAUAAAUGUCGUUAAACUCCUCCUCGAACAAGAAAAAGAUUUGAAAAUAAAUGCAAAAGACGUUUACGGGAACACAGCGUUACAUUUGGCUUGCGAGGAAAAUCGUCAAGAUGAAGCGAAAUUACUUGUAACUAAUGGUGCCGAUAUUUUGUCUGAGAAUAAGGAAAAAAAAACUCCCUUGGAUCUUGCAUCACUUGGAUUGGUUCGACAACUGAAAGAAAUACAAAAAAAGACCGAAUCUACAGAAUAAAAUUUAAAUAUAUUAAUAAAAAACAUUACCUUGUUACUCAUUACAUUAUUUUAAUUCAUUAUAUGAAUAUGAAAGAGAAAUAAAAACAUUUUUUAAGAAUUUCA